ACCUGUGUAAACAAACCCACCAUUUUGGAUUCUACGCGUAUUUGUUAUAUUUGUUCGUUGGAAUUUGGAUAUGUAGCCAUUGUAUGUUUGCAAAACUUUCUUUCUGUAUUUUUAUCGCAUUUUCAUAAUGAAUAUUAGAAUACACGCUUCUUUCUUUUCCUUAAUUUGCAUUCCCAAGUCAUCGACUUGUAGCUGCUCUUCUUUGCUUAUACCCCCCUUCUCUUCCUCAUUUAAAAAAACAUCUAGAUUGCUUCCUUUUUCCAACAUAUCCUCUUCCUCUAUCCAUCUUCCAUCACGUCGGUUUCACACAUCUCCUUUCCGUGCCGAACGUAAACCCACUCCUUUGUCUUUUGCUUCUCGAAAACAAAAACAACUGCGACCUCUUCUCAUUCCUCCGGUUCUCCCCGUCUCUACCCUCUCCAAUCACCUGCAAGUAUCUACUCAACGAUUAAUGCGCGAUUUAACACGUCUCGGUUUUGCAAAUGUCUCCCCGAACUACUUGCUCACUUCUGAAUAUUCCAGCUUGAUUGCCGAAGAAUAUGGCUUUAAAGUACUCACGGAUUCCGCUCCUCCCUUAUCUUCCGUAAAAGCCAAAACCUCCCAAGCAAAUGCUCCGUUACGACCUCCUGUCGUAACUUUGAUGGGUCAUGUAGAUCAUGGAAAAACCACUUUACUAGAUGCUUUACGAAAAUCUACUAUAGCCGCUUCAGAACAUGGCGGUAUCACCCAAAAAAUUGGCGCUUUCACAGUUCCCUUCGAUAAAGGCUCAAAGUCAAUUACAUUUCUCGAUACUCCUGGUCAUAUGGCUUUUGAAGCUAUGCGGAAGCGCGGUGCAAACAUUGCCGACAUUGUCGUGUUGGUCGUCGCUGGUGAUGACGGUGUAAAACCUCAAACUGUUGAGGCAAUCAAACACAUUCAAUCCGCAGAUGCUCCUGUUAUUAUAGCAAUUACCAAAUGCGACCGUCCAGGACUGCAGCCUCGUAAGGUUAUCGAGCAACUCAUGAAUCAUGGUAUCCAGGCCGAGGAAUACGGCGGUGACACCCAGGUAGUGUCAGUAUCUGCGAAAACCGGCACUGGCAUUGAUGAGUUAGAAGCCGCUAUUCUAACUCUCGCUGAAAUCCUCGAAAUCCGCUCCUCUCCAAAGGAUCAUCUAGAAGGCUGGGUUGUGGAAUCUAGUAUUGCUAAAGGCGUUGGAUCUUUGGCAACCAUAGUUGUCAAGCAAGGUACACUGUCUACAGGAAUGUCUUUGGUAGCAGACAGUUCGUGGGGUAAGGUACGUUCUUUGAUGGAUGUAAACAAUAAAAGAGUCAAGCAAGUCUUUCCCGGUCAAGCCGUGCAAGUUCUUGGCUGGAAAGAGUUACCAAAAGCAGGUGACCAUGUGUUUCAAGUGAAAAAUGAAUCCGAAGCCAAAGAAGUUUUAGCCAAUGUCGCUCGGCGCAAUGAUGCUCAAGAAUUAUACCAACUUGCUGAAUCUCACAACAAGCAACUCGAAGUACAACGUUUGAAUUCAUCGGAUACUUUGAAAAGCAGUUCUGAAGACAAACCUGAAUACUUUAAUGUUAUUGCAAAGUGCGAUGAUACUGGCUCCGCUGAAGCCAUUAUAGAUUUUUUUAAAGGACUCAGAAACGACGAUUUACAAACACAUGUGCUAUAUGCUGCAGUAGGCCCUAUCACGGAAAGCGAUAUCGAGAGAGCCGAAACCUCAAAUGCAAUUCUUAUCUCUUUCGGUGUCCCUGUCCCAAAAUCCAUAUCUCGAGAGGCAGAACGACACAAAGUCAAAGUUUUGUUUCACAAUAUUAUAUAUCACUUGAUGGAAGAUAUCCGAACCCUGUUUCGUGAUCGUCUACCACCUAUUUUGGUCCAACGCGUACCUGGUGAAGCCAGUGUGCAAGCAAUUUUCGAUAUACGACAUAAAAAGUCUAGUGUACCCGUAGCUGGUUGUCGAGUAACCAACGGAACUUUAGAAAAGUCACACAAAGUUCGAUUAAUACGUACAGGAAAAAUAAUUUGGAGUGGCGAGAUAGAAAGUCUGAAGCAUUUGAAAGACGAAGUUACAAAGAUUGCUAAAGGGAGAGAAUGUGGUAUUCUUUUGAAAGGGUCUCCAGAUUUUCAAGUGGGUGAUAAAAUUCAAAGUUUUACUGAAGAAUAUCGACCUCCCGAUUUUUGAUAACUACGAUUAGAAGUUGAAUGAUAAUUUAAAAACUUAGUUACCUGUAAUUUUAUGAAUACGCAUUUAAUACAUGAAAUAUUAUUUACGCAUGAUAUAAACAUCUAAAAAUAACAUUUAUUUAGAAACAAAUAUUUAACUACGAUAAUCA